AGAGAGGGAGGCGUAUCCCCCCCCUUCCCCGCCACCUCCUCCCGCGUCUCCAUUUCACCCUCGCUCCCUCCCCAGUAACGACAUUACAACCUGCCACAAACCGGACGCCGCCCCGCCGCCCAUGAGAGCACCGCCGCGCCGACGCAGAGCAGCGCCGAGUGCGUCGAGGAGGCGCCAAGCCGCGGGGGAGUCAGCACCAGCGCUCCAGCUUUACCUCCGAGCAGAAGAGGAGCAAGGAACGGAGGGGUUAGUGAGGAGCGGAGGGAGAGGGAACCCAGAAAUAAACACCUUUUUUGGGGGGUGAGGAAGACGUCUGCACGCGUGAAAGGGACCCACCGUCGGGAUGGCUGAGGUGUCGCAAGAGGAGAGACUCCAGGUCAUUGCUGAGAAACGGAAGAAGCAAACAGAGAUUGAAAACAAGCGGAGGCAGCUGGAUGAUGACCGACGACAACUCCAGCAUCUCAAGUCCAAGGCGCUGAGGGAGCGCUGGUUGUUAGACGGAGCUCCAGCCGAGGAGGAGACUCAAAAGCGUUUGCAGGAGGACGAGGUGAAGACCAAAAUCCUGGAGCAGGUCAUCCUGAGGCUGGAGCAAGAGAUUGAAGAACUGGAGACAGGCGUGCCAGCCAACAAGGGUGUGGCCAAAGAAAAUGGAGGAGAGAACGGUGUAGUGCAGACCCCCAAGAGGGAGGUGGCCGGCAUGGAGGCCAAGCUGCUGGGCCCCAGCCCCGAGCAGGCCAGCGCCGACAACCCCGUCACCUUGGUCUUCAUGGGCUACAAGACAGUGGAGGAGGAGCAGGAGAGCCGCACGGCGCUGGGGGUGGAAGGGGUGGACGGCAACGUCAAGGCCGAGUUUGUGGUGAUCGAGGACGGGGAGGCCAAGCCGGCAGGGGCGGCGGCCACCCAGGACCAGGCCCCGCCCAACGGGAGCAUGGCGGAGAAGGAAAAAGCCAACGGCGGCGGGGAGGAAGGCGAGAAAGAACAGGAGAAGAAACAGACCUGCAAGUGCUGCACUGUCAUGUGAGCUGUGUGUGUGCGUGUGUGCGUGUGUGCGUGUGAGUGUGUGUGUGCCAUUGCAUGUGUCUGUAUUUGCAGAUGUGUGUACCCUAGCUUUGUAUGUGCGUGCGUGCGUGCGUGUGUGCGUGCGUGCGUGUGUGUCUGUCAGGACUGUACAAUUUACCAACAAUGAGAGCCAACAACAACAAAAAACCCCACAAAGACUCACAAGUACACUUUAGUCAGCAUACUUUCUCUGAUAUGUAUUUGACUUUUCAUUUCUAUUGAUAUUUUUCUAUUUUUAUUGUCUUGACAUUUAUAUUGUAUUCAGUAUCUUUAUUAUGAUUAUGAUUACGGGACUGUGUACUGUCAGCUUGUUGUUAUUGUUGGGAGGGAGAUGAUACAAAAAAAAGCAAAAGAAAAGGCUCUCUGGAUUGUACUGCUACCCACUCUAAAGGGGGGGGGAACCUGGAAACCUAAAAGUCAUUCACACAAAAGACACAGAUGCUUCAAAAAAAUAAAUAUAUAUAUAUAUACAGUAUAAUAUUAUAUCUCUGUGUAGGCCUAGCAGCUAUUUAUCAGCCGAUUUCAUAUUGCAAUAUUGUCCGAGAUAUUAUUUGAAAUAGUAUUUUAAUAUAUUAAUAUGAAAUUAUGUUUUAUACUGUGUAUUUAUUGUUUUUGCAGUUCUGUGUGUGUAUACCAUCACCUGCAACAUUAGCUGCAUGUAAGCUCACUCAUUAAUGAGCGCUUUCUUUGACUAACCGCCACUUCCACACCGAGGCUGCGUCCACACUUGCGCUUCCGUUGUCUGGUCUGCAGAAAAAGACGCUUAAAAAGUUUAAAAGGACGCUCGUAUGCACUUUGGUGCGGUUUGCUUAGUGUUCACCCUGCUAUUUUUUACCACGGGACCACAGGCUGCGCAGUAAAGAACAUGUGCAUGAAAUAAAGACUUGAUUAAACAGCUUUUGUGACGUAAGUCAAAUAUUCCAAACCAAAACGCAGUCUGCUGUGUUGAAUACGUAGGUUUUUUUUGCCUUCUGCUAAUUUUGCCAUUUUUAAUUUCACCAAUGGCUUCGAAAAUAUACUUUUUAUGACAGGUGAAGUGACGGAACUCAAAUAUUCCAAACCAAAAUGCCGUCUACCAGGUUGAAUAGGUAGGUAAUUUUUGUAUUCUGCAAGUUUUACCAUCUUAAAGUUCACCAAAAGCUUCCAAAAUAUAUUUUAAAGAGCUUUCCUGACAUAUUUAAGCGAUGUAAAUCAAAUAUUCCAAAAUAACAUGCCGUUGGCUGGGCUGAAUACGUGGGUUAUUUUUAGAUUUGGCUAUAUUUACCAGCUUAUAUUUCAACAAAGGCUUUUCAAAUAUACUUUUAAAGAGCUUUCUUGACAUAUUACAUGACAUAAAUUAAAUAUUCCAAACCAAAACACCCUCUGCUGGGUUGAUUGCAUAGGUUACUUUUAUAUUCUGCCACAUUUGCUAUCUUAGAUUCUACCAAAAGCUUCUAAAAUAUACUUUUAAAGCGCUUUUGUGACGUAACUCAUAUUCCAAACCAAAAGCCAUCUGCUGUGUUGAAUAUGCAGGUUAUUUUUAUAUUGGGCUACGUUUACCAGCUCUGUUUUCAACAAAAGCUUCUAAAAUAUGCUUUUAAAAAGCUUUCCUGACCUUUAAUAUAACGUAGCUGAAAUAUUCCAAAGCAAAAUGCCGUCUUCUGGGUUGAAUACACAGGUAUUUGUUAUAUUCUGCUAAUUUUACCAUCUUAAAUUUCAACAAAAGCUUCUAAAAAUACUGUUUUAAUGCGCAUCAUUGUCAAACACGAGCAGAACAGAGGAAAGGGACACCACUUCCGACGUAUUUCCUCUUACAUGUUUGUCAUUUUAUGCAUGCUUUUUGCGGCCACUUUAGCACCAGUCUGUGUCUUUUGUCCGCAUCUCUUGGUCCACUUGUUUGGUGCACAACCGCACCAGCGGAGCAAACGCGCCAGGGUUCCUUUGGGCCGAACCAAACGUGACAAGUGUGAACGCACCCUCAGAAUCACGCCACCGCGCCGACACGGUUGGAUUACUAAUGUAAUUGUUGAAAGUUUGAAUAUUAUCCGCUUCCCAUCAGUACUGUAUGUGGUAUUUGUACAUGAAGAGCACAGCUUUUUGGAUCAUUUCAGCGGUUAAGAAGGCGUGAGUUGUACUCCUGCCGGGAAAGGAGGUGGCUUUGGGCUUUUUUUUGACUCCAUGUAACUCUUUAAUGAGGUAGCACUGCAUGAAGCAUUGUAACUGUUUGGACUGUCUUGUCACUGUUAAGUCUCUUCGAUAUGCGCUCUCACCUUUCACAUGAAUGUAAAUCCAAGGGGCUUCAAUCGGGAUUUGGUCCGCCGCAACGAGUCCGGCUUGCGCAGCUCAUAAACGCUUUUUGUGUGUCUUUAUGAACCAAAUAAAAUCUGUUGCUACUGUAAUUUGCCUGUGUUGAUUGGCUGAUGCGCUCCGGAACAAAGCAGUACAACGCCACUGAAAGCUUGGAACCACUUCUGAACUUUUUCGAAACGGGUUCAAACAGUCACCGUGGGGUCCAAUCAUUGAAAUUGACUUCUGUACCAAAAUGACCGACAACCUGGUUUCCAGUUUAACCCCUGAUAUUCUUUAGACCGAUACUCCGAAGGCGGUUGACUCGAUUCUCACUUGUGCUUUCACACUCGCACCUUUUAAUUGGUUUUAAUCAAACUGGUUUGUUUCCCCUUCUGGGUGCGUGUGAACACUGUCGUAGAACUCGGUUGUGGACUGCAUCCACCGGCCUGAGACCAACUAACAGACAACCGUGAAAGCUAUCCAAAAAACACAAUCCAGUUUCUCCCUAAACUACAUACCGUGUAAAUGCGUGAGACCGUAAAGUACACGCUUCUUUCACAAAGGAAUCCCGCAAAGUAUCUGCAACAGAGCCGUAACAGAACCCAGCACAGACGGGAUUUUACUGAAACUGCCUGACACUUAAGCCUCUUUCACACUGCCUAUUAAAGCUGGGAAUGUUUUUGACCUAUUUUCCCACACAUUAUUGUUCUGUGUGAACAGAGCCACAAAAGUUCCCGGCUUUGAAGGUAGUACCAGAGGCGGAAUGGCAGCUGUAGGAAAGGAAACAGUGAAUAGCAUUUCAUUGAAUUUUCUCAAAAGUGCGCACAGAGGAGACAAUGUCCCUUGGGUUCUGUGUGAAAAGUUGGGAAAUCUAUUUCUCCGUCUCUGAAGCUCCAAUUUUACCGGAUUUCUGUGCGAAAGAGUGUGUUAUACUUGCCAGAUGACGACAUUGCACCACAACGGCUUUCAGCAUAGCCCCUUUCACACUGUCUGUAAACGCCACCUUCCCCCAUUCACCGAACCCCCCAAAGUCGCUGAUCUGUACAAAUGGCACCAACACGGAAUGGGGGCGACUCUACAAUUGUCUGGCUUUGGAGGUAGUAUCAGCGGCGGGACACUGUCUGUGUAUCGCUCCCUGACACCUUAAGAGUCAAGCUGGUCAUCGACUUGACAGUCGGGGAUUUUAGCUCAAUGGCUAGUGCUCUCGACUGUCACUCUGCCGACCCUGGCUAAGGCCCGGGUGGUGACAGUAGUGCCGUGACCCAAAUGAGAGUCAGGUUUAGGGAGGCGAGUGUAACGAUUGCCAGCCAGUGUGCGGAUGUACGUUGGUAAACCUCACUCCCUGACACCUUAAGAGUCACGCUGGACAUCAAGUUGACAGUUGGGGCUUUUAGCUCAAUGGCUAGUGCUCUUGACUCUCAUUCUGUGGACCCUGGUUAGAGCCCCAGGCAAAACAUGGGUUGUUUGUACAGAACCCCGACUUUGAAGAACGGCGAACAGAUCCUGGCUUGAACAGGCAGCGCACGAUAGGAUAUUCAUUUCGAAAACUUUAAAAGGAACCAAAAUGAGGGGGGGGGAUGUGUUUCUGACCAGAGAAAGUGAAAGUCUAAGAACACAAUGUCAAACUGUACUAACACCCCCAGUCUCCUUGUUUGAUUGACAGCCGGUGAUCCAUCCAUCCAUCACCCGACACCUCACCGCCACCUCAUUAUCACGUCACGUCAUCUUCAAGGUAGCUCUAUCUCUGAAAUCUGGUGCUAAUCUCCCCAUUUGCCGUCGACCGACCAUUUGUUGCCUCGCAUCCUGCCUACAUUUAUCACGGGAGAAACGCUUUGUUCUAACAUUCCAAGGGAAUAUCACCAAUGAUUUCCAUAUGUACUAAGAUGACUGCAUCUCUGUGUUGUCUGUGCCUUUGUCCGUUUGUUUCUUCUCUCGAUCUGCAGCCAGUCAUGGCGACCCACUGUGGAAUGCCUCUGAUCUAGAGGGUGCAUAUCGUCCUCAGUGAUCUGCAUCCCUUCUAUUUUUGACCUCUUUUACUCAACACAACUUAUGUCUGCCAUAAGGAGAUCUUACUGUAAUUGUUUGCAGGAUGCAGUAUAUACACACGUGUGCAUAUAGGAAGACUUUAUAGAAACACUUGUGGAGGUGAAGGCUUUGUGCAGCAGCAGCAUCAAAGCAAUGCAUCUAUUCUGUGGUCGUCUAAAUGUUAAAUCUUGAAUAAAAUUUGUUUAACUCAA